AUGGGUAACGACGCGCUCAAGGCCAACCCGAUGCGAAACACGGUCACAACCGACAAUCAUAUCACUACCGCCGGUUCGGACUUCUAUUAUGCGAUAUGCGCUGCCAUGGGGUUCAGCACAUUUGUCUUUAUGGCGCUGUCGUUUAACAAGUCGCGGUCGCAAAGGAUCUUCCAUUACCUGACGGCCUCGAUCACUCUCGUCGCUUCCAUUGCUUACUUUUGCAUGGGAAGCAACCUCGGAUGGACUGCUAUUCAGGUCGAAUUCGAACGCAGCGACCCCAAGGUGUCAGGAAACAUGCGACAGAUCUUCUACGUCAGGUACAUCGACUGGGCCAUCACCACUCCAUUACUGCUGGCCGAUCUCCUGUUGACAUGUGGUCUUCCAACUCCCACCAUCAUGUACGUUGUGCUGAUGGACGAAGUCAUGGUCGUCACGGGCUUGGUUGGAGCUCUUGUCAAGUCGAGCUACAAGUUCGGGUUUUUUGUGUUUGGCUGCGUCGCAUUCCUCUUUGUUGCCUACACAGUGGUCUUUGAAGGUCGCGCGUAUGCCCGUAUUCUUGGUCAAGACAUCCUGAAGACUUAUACGCUCUGUGGAGUGUGGACCAUCUCGCUGUGGUUCCUAUAUCCCAUUGCCUGGGGAUUAUCUGAAGGGGGAAACGUAAUUUCCAGCGACGGCGAGGCGGUUUUCUACGGCAGUCUUGAUCUGUUGGCCAAACCUGGCUUUGGCGCGCUUCUUCUGUGGGGGCAUCGCUCAAUCAAGGUGGAACGACUUGGAAUUUCAAUUCGUGAUCCGGAAACCGGCCCGUCGCGACAUAAGGAGAAAUCUCUCCAGCAGCACGAUAAUGCCGUGACUGGUCAAGAUGCGGGCGAGUCUCAGCCUGCGACGACUAUGUAG